CUCGAACCUUCUCUCUUAUUUUCCACCUAUAUAUAUUUUUCAAUUUUCUAUUUUUAUGCUCUUCUUCUCUCACAGUAUCUUUUAGAAAGAGAAAAUCCCUCAAAUUCCUCUGCGCGGAGCCUCGAUCUGCUCUCAGGUGAACACGUGUCACAUUGCGGAAGGACUUUGCGGAAACUUCAAGUUUUAACGUAAACAUGAGUGUGGUAGGUUUUGAUGUUGGGAACGAAAGUGGUGUUGUUGCGGUUGCAAGGCAAAGAGGAAUCGAUGUCGUGCUUAACGAUGAGUCCAAGCGUGAAACUCCUGCUAUCGUAUGUUUUGGCGAGAAGCAGCGAUUCCUUGGUACAGCAGGGGCUGCAUCAAGUAUGAUGAAUCCAAAAAAUACAAUAUCGCAGAUAAAGCGUUUUAUUGGACGUAAAUUUUCAGAUCCCGAGUUGCAGAAGGAUAUCAAAUCGUUGCCAUUUUCAGUCUCCGAAGGUCCUGAUGGAUAUCCCUUGAUUCAUGCUCACUAUUUGGGGGAAAAAAGAACCUUCACACCUACUCAGAUAUUAGGAAUGGUACUCUCUGAUUUGAAGAUCAUUGCUGAAAAGAACUUGAAUGCUGCUGUUGUAGACUGCUGCAUUGGGAUACCUGUUUACUUCACCGACCUGCAGAGAAGAGCUGUUAUAGAUGCUGCAACGAUCGCUGGUUUGCACCCUCUUCAUCUCAUUCAUGAAACAACGGCUACUGCCUUAGCUUACGGCAUUUACAAGACUGACCUACCUGAAAAUGAACCAAUGAAUGUCGCAUUUGUCGAUGUUGGUCAUGCCAGUAUGCAAGUAUGCAUUGCUGCCUUCAAGAAAGGUCAGCUGAAGAUAUUGGCUCAUUCUUAUGAUCGGUGUUUGGGUGGAAGGGAUUUUGAUGAAGUGCUUUUCCAACAUUUUGCUGCAAAAUUCAAGGAUGAAUACAAGAUUGAUGUCUACCAAAAUGCAAGGGCUUGCCUAAGAUUGCGUGCUGCUUGCGAGAAGUUGAAGAAGGUCCUUAGUGCAAAUCCUGAGGCACCUCUGAACAUUGAAUGCUUAAUGGAAGAGAAGGAUGUCAGAGGUUUUAUCAAGAGAGAUGAGUUUGAGCAGAUUAGUAUUCCAAUUUUGGAACGUGUGAAAAAGCCAUUGGAGAAGGCUCUUGCUGAUGCUGGACUGACCACCCAGGAUAUACAUUCUGUUGAAGUUGUUGGUUCAGGCUCUCGAGUUCCUGCUAUUAUUAAAAUUUUGACUGAGUAUUUUGGAAAGGAGCCUAGGCGAACAAUGAAUGCGAGUGAAUGUGUGGCGAAAGGCAGUGCUCUACAAUGUGCUAUUCUCAGCCCCACAUUUAAAGUUAGAGAUUUCCAGGUUAAUGAGAAUUUUCCAUUUUCCAUUGCUUUGUCAUGGAAAGGAUCUGCUUCUGAUGCACAAAAUGGAGCAGCUGAUAAUCAGCAGAGCACUGUCGUAUUCCCCAAGGGAAAUCCUCUACCUAGUGUUAAGGCGUUGACUUUCUACAGAUCUGGCACCUUCACUGUGGACGUACAAUAUGCCGAUCCCAGUGAAUUGCAGGCACCUGCAAAAAUUAGUACCUACACGAUUGGACCUUUCCAGUCCGCAAAAGGUGAAAGGGCAAAGUUGAAGGUCAAAGUCCGUCUGAAUCUUCAUGGCAUCGUCUCGAUUGAGUCUGCCUUGCUCUUAGAAGAGGAAGAGGUGGAGGUCCCAGUUGUAAAAGAGCCAGUUAAAGAGGCGACCAAGAUGGAAACAGAUGAUACUCAUCCCAGCAGCACAGAAACUGAUGUAAAUAUGCAAGAUGCUAAGAUGGAUGUCCCUGGAGCUGAAAAUGGUGUCCCAGAAUCAGGAGAUAAGACAUCUCAAAUGGAAACGGAUAAGGUGGAGGCACCAAAGAAGAAGGUUAAGAAAACUACUGUCCCUGUAUCAGAAAUUAUAUAUGGAGGUCUUGCUGCUUCUGAUGUGCAAAAAGCUGUGGAGAAGGAGUUCGAGAUGGCAUUGCAGGAUCGAGUUAUGGAAGAAACUAAAGAUAAAAAGAAUGCUGUAGAGGCCUAUGUUUAUGACAUGCGGAACAAGCUUCAUGACAAAUAUCACGAGUUUGUGACAGAGUCUGAUAGAGAGCAGCUUAUUUCUAGACUCCAGGAGGUGGAAGAUUGGUUGUAUGAGGAUGGUGAGGACGAAACAAAAGGAGUAUAUAUUGCUAAGCUGGAAGAGCUCAAGAAGCAAAGUGACCCCAUUGAGGAGCGCUUCAAGGAGCAUUCAGAGAGAGGAACUGUGAUCGACCAGUUUAUUAAUUGCAUCAACAGUUACAGGGAAGCUGCAAUGUCGAAUGACUCCAAGUUUGAUCACAUUGACCUGGCCGAGAAACAAAAGGUUCUGAGUGAAUGUGUCGAAGCUGAAGCUUGGAUCAGAGAGAAGCAACAACACCAGGACACACUUGCAAAGCACAUGCCGCCUGUUCUUUUGUCUGCUGAUGUUAGGAAGAAGGCUGAGUCUCUUGACAGGUUUUGCAGGCCCAUAAUGACGAAGCCAAAGCCAGCGGCCAAACCAUCCACUCCUGAGCCAACACCCGCAUCGCCUUCUGGAGGUGAAUCCCCACAAGGGACGGAGAACGGUGAAGCUGGAUCUGGAAACGAAGCAUCGCAGCCUGAUGCGGAGCCCAUGGAAACAGAUAACCCGGAGAACGGAGCAAGCUCUGCAUAAAUCAUUCUUUUUCUUAGCAGUAUUUUUGUAUGGGCGGAUUUGGGACUUGGUGGUGGGUUAAGAUUUGAUCUAUCUGCAUGGAAAAUGCUUUGAUAGAAAUAUUUCAAUUAUAUUAUUUUAUAGGUGCGGAGACGUUGUACAACCGUUUUGACUCUUAAAAAAGGCUUGUGCUGAGUCUUUGGAGGUGCCUCCCAUUUUUAUAUUAUCGAAACAUUAAAAUGACAUUGUUUAUGCCUUA